CUGUCCAUCCUCAGCAAGAGCAGCUCCCAGAUCCGGAUGUCCAGCCCACUGGCGGAGAACGCCAACAUCAGCCUGCCGACCUGAGCAUGUGACUGUCCCCCGCAGUCGACGUCAAGGUGACGAUCCGCUAACAUUAGACCAACCAGAGCAGACCAAAGUGGCCCCUCGCACCUCUUACAUUUCCACUUUUCUCCUUUUUAAAAAGAAAAAGGAAACGCAUUUACUAGAGGUGCCCAGCUGGCUUUCAUACUUUAAAGUUUUUAUUUAAAAGCAAAAUUAUUUGACUAUUUCAUUUCUACAAAACAAACUGUGGGUUGCAAACUCUCAGAGUUACUGAAGCACCUUAUAAUUUUAGAUAAAUGAAUUCUAACCCAUCUAAUUCAAUUUACCUCACAAAUGAUACAACUAAAGCUAGUGCCAAAAAUAAAUGAUCAAUUGCAAAAGCUAAAAAAAAAACAAACCAAGCAAAUUAAAAGAUUGACAGUCGAAUAUUAAAUAAAAGGGGUCACAUUUGGUUGUCGGUGUUUAAAUGAAUGUGCUUUAAAGUGCCAUACAGUUUUUUGCCUGACUGAGUCACAGUCCAAAGUUAAACAUCAACCAAACAGUCGCUUUGCUUGUAUAAAAGCUCACUGUUUUAAUGUUUCAUGUGAAAUUUAAACUUGUUUUUACAAUCAGCCGUAAGUACGGGGUAUGUCAAAAUACACAUAGAAAUAUAGAUGUAUAUAUACUUAAAAAAAACAGCUCAUGGAUUCUGUAAAUAGUUGUUUAUGGUGUCUAGAUCAGAAACGCUCCCUUUAGCAUAACACUGUAUUGUAUUGACCUUUUCAAAAAGGAACUGGAGCCCAAAUCUGUAGAAUUUAUCACGGGUUCUGGAGAACCGAUGAAUCUCGUCCUCGCUAUGAUGGAUUGUUCCUUUUGUGAGAAAUAGAUAACGAAAAGUUAACACAAACUCUGCAACUCCAAACUGUGAGUUGCCAUCAGAGCAGAUUCUUCAUGCUUGCAUUUUACUUGUGAGGUACGAGAUUUUUUUUUUUAGUGGUCACACUUAAAACAUCUUAAAUCUGAGUUGUUUCCAGAUGAAACCUUCAGCUGCACGACAGGAGUUGCCUCCAGCUGAGUUUCAUCUUUGCAGACUGAUCGAAAGCAUUUUUUUUUUCAGACUGUGAUCAUAAACAGAAUAUGCCAUUUACAGGAGGCUUCAGUCCAAAGCUCCUCAUCCGUGCAGGAUUUUACUUGCGCUGCAAACAUCUAGAGCUCGAGCACAUCAUACCACCCCGAAAAGCUCCUUUUGAUUUUGCUCAUUCAUCACUUCCUUACACCCACAUUCCAAAGUGCCUCGUCAGUCACUAACAGCCAUCACUUUAAAAUUCAGCUUUCAGUUGUGGUUUUGGGGAGCGGAUCGUUUAAAAACGUGCAGAAAGUCAUUUCAGUGUGGUGUUUUAUGGCGACUAAAAGAUCCAUUCUGACAUUUUCUGAGUGAAAUUCAGCAUUUCUUAACUCUGAAUAACAAUGUGAACAUGUUUUUUUUUUUUGAUAAAGUUGCAUCAUUUGUAAAAUCAGCUGGGCUUUUUCGAAUUAUCUUUUUACAAACUGUCUGAUCUGAAAUGAGCAUUUCAGUGUUAAACAUGUUAGCAGUCAUCACAAAAGGCUUUGAUUUAACAGCUCUUGACAAUCACUGAGUGUUGCUCCUUUUUUUUCCUGUACUUCUGUGCAAACAAGCAAAUCCAAUAAUUGUGCAAGCAGGAGAAAGGUUUUCUUUUGGAGUGAGAUGUGAAAAGACGUGUACAGGAGGCCUUUUCCAUCUCAUUUACUUUAACGUUUCUUUUUUUUUUCUGUUUACAUGUUUUUAUAACACUGGUUGAGCAGAUGUAUUCAUUUUCCAUUCAACCAUGCGCCAUGUACAGUAUGCAAGCUUCUUUACUGAUGUCUUAUUUAUUGCAUUGAUGUACACUGAUGUUCACUUGUUCAAAGUGCCAUAAACGUGCAGUGUCCUGUGGGGUGACAGAGUGAGACGUGUGGCGAAAUGUCUUGUGUCUUCUGUAGACGGAAAGAAAAAAAUGUUGCUGUUAAAGUUGCAAAAGCAUAAAGGUGCAACUUCUAAAACAGCUUUAUUUAAAAAAAAGAUUAAAAUUGCAUCUGCUUUGAUAAAUAAAGCGAUCAGUGAGUGUUGGACAAGUAGGAAAACUAGGGCGACUGUGAGAACUGCAACAGAUAAAACACAAAGUGUGUAUGAGGGUGUGAUUAAAAACCGCUCUGCUGCUGGCGUGUUUCUGUCACCAGCAGUCAUUCUGAGUUGAACCGGGCUCAGAAGGAAACGACCAUGUUUUAAUGCUGUUAUUGUCUGUGGGAAGAAAAAAAAAAAAAGGCUGAAAACUCCUAACAUGACCAUACCUGUGCUGUGAAUUUCUUUACCACUAGGUGGCAGCAAAGUAUGACAGUCGAAGCCAUCUAAGGUUGCAAUCAAGCUUUUUAUUUUUGUUUGUUUGUUUACAACUGUUUAUAUUUAUAUCAUAGUCUUAUCAUUAUUAACAGAAGUCUUCAUGUGUAUAAGCUUCAUUAAAUAUUAGCCUUGUGAAGGCAGCAGGAAAAUUACAACUAUUGUAGUUUUUAUUCACUACACAGCAAAAGUGAGCACUUUACUACUAAUUUGUGUUGCUUACACGAUCUUCAGUUUAAUCGCCAAAACACACAAUGUGACAGAUUAGUUGGUCUAAAAUCAGAAAUAUAAAAAGAUGUAAACUUGUAAAGACUUAUCCCUGCCGGCACUUUGAAAAGAGUUGAAAAUUGAAAGGAACUAAACUAUAAUCUAUUUUCAAGUUGUUCUUUUGACAUUUAUUUUAACCGUUGUUCACUAAAACAUGACAAAAACAAUAAACAAAUAUUUAAACUUGAUUUUAAAACUGAAACACUAAAUUUGUAGGGGAGCUUUCUUCAAUUGGUUCCACAUCUUAAACCACCGCCCUCCUUUAUCUAAACAUACAUUUUUCUGUUGGACAUGAGACACACUCACACAUGUCCUUACAGUAUUUGCUGGGAAAUAUACUAACCUAAAGUUAACAUUACUUGGCAGUUGUAUUGCCAGUUUAGCACAUAGAUGAGAAUAACACUAGAAUAUAAUCUAAAUAAAAGAGUCGAGGUCCUCUGGAGUCUGGAUGAGUUUGUGUUGAAAACAUUUUGUCUGUUCUCCAAGAGACUUCUUCAGUCUGAGGUAAUGUCAGUCCGUCAUCCUGAUGAUCCUUGUUUAAAUGUGAACAAACAGUGUUGAUUGUUAACAUGUUUGUCCACCAUGAUGAGGUACUGCUAUAAGGCUACAUUUCUUUGGAAAUGGCCUCUGUGUGUUGAUACGAGAGAAAAAUCUAAUUUAAAAAGUGGCAAAGCUCUUGGUUUAUUUUCCUAAAAUAUUAAUUUAUACACUUUUGAAAUAUACUACUUGAUUGGUAUGUAAUAAAAAAUGAUAAUUACACUAUUUUAUUAUAAUUGUAUACUUGUAGCUGCUGGUUAGUGAGCAAAGGAUGAACUUAGUUCAAAAACACAUUUAAAACUGAUUUCAUUUCCAAAUAAAUGUGUCACUUUAUACAGUGUUCUGUAUAGUGUCAUAGAAAGUUGUGACAUUUUUUAUAAGUGUGCUAGCUAUACUUUAUUUGUUCCUGAUUUUGGGGGAUUUGGGAUGAGAUGGGAAGGUAACUUUAUGAGCUUUUAAAAUAAUUUCUGUUCUGAUCAUAAAUACAGGAAAUGGUUGUCUAUAAGAACUCACUGUAAAACAGGCUGAUUUUGUUUUGUCUACAAAAGGAAUCUGCAUGAAUUUGACUCAUGAGCCCUUUUCUGAACGCAACAUCCAAGAAAUAUGUUGAAAGCAACAUAUCAACCACCACCUGUUUAACAUGGCUGGGAGAUUAUAUAUAUAAUUUCUAUUGAUCAGCUGUAUUAAAAAAUGUCUUAUUCUGAAAAUGUUGAAACUUUUUUUUUCAUUCUGUGGUUCAUAGCUGCACAUUUUUUGUUCUUACCCAGUUUCCUUCAUGUUCAUGGCGGUUCAGCCAGUUUGGUGUAGACUCUGUGUGAGUUUCAAUGAUUGCCAAUGAAUGUACAGUUAUCGCUACUCAGCUGCUCUUAGAUGUUGCCUGCUUUCAAUUUGCCCUGGUGUACAAAUGAUGUCUUUUCUCUAUCACAUACGUUGUAUAUUUUUUGCCAUGCAGGUGGACUUAUUGACUAAGAUCUAUAUUGUUUGUGACGGUGUUUUUGUACAUUUGUUUAUGGUCCAGUUUUCAGAGUGUGUGAGCAUUUGAAAUUUCGGCGAGUGUAUUUCGUAUGCAUGUGUACGUAACGACGAGCAUUUGUAGAAAAUAAUAGUAACAUAAAUGUUUAAAAAAAAUCUAAUGUAUAAAGUUUCAUUUAAUUUUUGUUUGAAAAUGUAAUGGAGUGCCACGUGUACAUGUUCUGUAAAUGUCCAACAUCCAUGUUCCAGUUGUGUAAACUGACUGCAAAAUAAAUGUGUGGAAAGUUGCAAA